CAUGGAUUCCCGGGUGAAUGGGAACGACACUGCAGUGACAGAGUUCGUUUUAUUGGGCUUAACAGACGAUCCAGUCUUCCGCCUCAUCCUCUUCGUGAUCAUCCUGUGCAUCUACCUGGUGACCAUAUUUGGCAAUCUUGGCACAAUCAUCCUGAUCAGAACCUCCUCUCAGCUCCAUCAUCCCAUGUAUUUUUUUCUGACCCACCUGGCUUUGGCGGACAUAGGGUCUACAUGUAAUGUCACACCGAAUAUGCUUGUAAACUUCCUGGCGGAGAGAAAUACAAUCUCCUACCUUGGAUGUGGCCUCCAGCUUGGUGCAGCUGCUUUCUUUGGGGCAUCAGAGUGCUUUCUUCUGGCUGCCAUGGCAUAUGAUCGCUUUGUGGCCAUUUGCAACCCGCUGCUUUAUUCAGUCAAAAUGUCCACUCAAGUCUGUGUCCAGCUACUCCUAGUUGCCUAUGUGGGUGGUUUUCUCAAUGCUUGCUCUUUUACUGUUUGUGUGUUCUCUUUAGCCUUUUGUGGUCCAAAUGUAGUCAAUCAUUUCUUCUGUGAUUUUGCUCCUUUAGUAGAACUCUCUUGUUCUGAUACAAGUGUCCCCACAGGUAUGACCUCAUUUUCUGCAGGCUCCCUCAUUGUGGCUACAGUGAUUGUCAUAGCUGUCUCCUACACAUACAUCCUCAUCACCAUCCUGAAGAUGAACUCCACUGAGGGGAGCUACAAGGCCUUCUCCACCUGCACCUCCCACCUCACUGCAGUCACUCUGUUCUAUGGGACUGUUACAUUCAUUUACGUGAUGCCUGAGUCCAACUACUCAACUGACCAGAACAAGGUGGUGUCUGUGUUCUACACAGUGGUCAUCCCCAUGUUGAAUCCCCUCAUCUACAGUCUGAGGAAUAAGGAGAUUAAGGGGGCUGUGAAGAGACAGCUUAGUAGAAAAAUAUUUUCUUAG